AUGGCGAGCCAUCCAACAGCAUCAUGGGAACCAAUAGGAGAUGGAAAUACGUUCUACAGGCGCCAGCAGCUAUACUCGAUCCCGGGAAAGCUACCCGACCUUGGUGAUUAUAUCGUUGCUGGAUGCCAGUAUGGUGGUCCCCUGGCCAUAAUGCGCGACACGACGAAGCUCCUCGCUAUCGGGCAACUCACGCCAGCAAUCACCAAACCCCAAAUCCAGGUCUAUUCUGCAGCCGGCGAAGGCUUGCUUUUGCUCAGUUGGGACCAAGGGAGGAUAGUCAAGUUUGGAUGGACCCUUGACGAAAGACUGGUUGUCCUGAAUGAGGAAGGCGUGUACCGGAUAUACGACCUCCAAGGGGAAUACACGCAGCAUUCGCUGGGACCAGACGCCUCGGAAACAGGCGUUAUCGACGCUCGAAUCCAUGGAAAUGGUCUCGUCGCCCUCACGAGCUCGUUGUCGCUGUUGGAAGUCAAAGGAUGGGAAGGCGGUCGUCCCUUGACCCUCGCUAACCCUGGAAUGACGGAACCCCCUCACGCAUGGUCAAUCAUCCCGCCAGAUCUCAACAUCUCACGACACGUUGAAGUGCUGCUCUCGGUAGACCAGACGAUCUACACCGUUGACAACCUCGAAUCCAUCGACCAGAGGAUUGCUCGGGGUCCCUUUACUCACAUCUCACCGUCGCCAAAUGGCAAAUUUUUAGCUUUGUUAACGUUUAACGGGACUCUCUGGGUCGUCUCGAGUGACUUCCAUCGUAAUAUUACCGAAUUCGAAACCUCGCAUGUUGUCGAGGGAGAAGGUCCUAUCAGGCAACUGGAAUGGUGCGGGAACGACGCGAUUAUCGUGGCUUGGUCUUCCCUGGUCCUUCUCGUCGGUCCUUCAGGUGACACGCUGCAGUACUUCUAUUCUGGCUCAGCAUUUGCUGUGACCGAAAUGGAUGGUGUUCGUAUCACAAGUUCCGACGUUUGUGACUUGAUCCAAAAGGUCCCUUCCACUACCAUGUCCAUUUUCAGACCCGGAUCGACGACGCCUUCCGCAAUCCUGUACGAUGCAUGGGAUAGCUUUACGAAGCGCUCCCCGAAGGCUGAUGAGAGCAUCCGUUCGAUACGACCUGACCUCGCGAAGGCAGUGGACGAAUGUAUUGACGCCGCCGGGCAGGAAUGGGAACCGCAGUGGCAACGCAACCUCCUCAACGCCGCAAAGUUUGGUCGCGGCUUCUUGGACUUCCACAAUCCAACCGACUUUGUCAACAUGGGCCAGACUCUGAAAGUACUGAAUGCAGUUCGCUUCUACGAAGUUGGGAUUCCACUGACCUACACCCAAUACAACUACGCUUCGCCUUCCCAUCUCAUCAACCGGCUGACCUCGCGCAACAUGCACCUGCUCGCCCUUCGAAUAUCCAAUUUCCUUUCUCUGAAAGCAGAUACAGUCUUGAAACACUGGGCCUGCUCGAAGAUCAUGCGAUCGAAACCGGUCGCUGCUGGAUUGGGCAAAGAUGCAGUAAUAGCCGCCGAUGAAGAAGUGUGUCGAGCGAUAGUGGAGAAGUUUGAGCAGCUUGGAGGGGCAGACUUUAGCUAUGCUGAGAUUGCCAAGAAAGCAUGGGAAGUGGGAAGAGGAGGAUUGGCAACCAAGCUGCUGGAUCACGAGUCCAAAGGCUCAGACCAAGUACCACUUUUAUUGGACAUGAAAGAAGACAAGCUGGCAUUGAUCAAAGCGGUCGACAGUGGGGAUACUGAUUUAGUUUAUCAUGUUCUCUUGCACCUUCACAAACGUCUUCCCCUCGGAUCCUUUUUCAGGCUGCUCGAAGAUGGAGGUGCACAACUCGCACCUGCGACACGCCUUUUAGAGGUAUAUGCACGAGAACAGAACAGGGAGAUGUUGCGGGAUUUCUAUUAUGCGGAAGAUCGAAGAGUCGAGAGUGCGAUUCUUUGUCUGGAGGAAGCAGCCUCCAUGAAGGACCCCGCAGCGAAGCUAGAGACCGUGAAAGCUGCAAGGCGAUUCUUCUCAGAGGACAAAGAUAGAGCGUUUGAAGCAAAGGUAGUAGUUACCGACCCUUCAUCCCCUUUGGACGAAUCUGAAACACGAGAACAGAUGAUGGAUGAAAACGCCCGGCUUCUCGCUUUCCAACAGCAACUAGAGGCAGAGACUGACAACAAGAUUCCCUUCUUUGGCCUCAGCGUGAACGAAACGUUGAGGACCUGCCUCGUCAAUGGGUUGUCCAAGAGAGCAGAUAAGCUCAAGAGCGACUUCAAGAUUCCAGACAAGCGGUUCUGGUACGUGAAGAUGAAAGCGCUCACGGAGGCAAAAGACUUCGAAGGGCUCGACGCCUUCGCGAAGUCGAAGCGCAGUCCUAUUGGUUACGAGCCCUUUGUGCGUCACCUCCUCGAGCAAGGUCACGCGAAGGAGGCGGCGGGGUACGUCGCGAAGUGUGAUUCGCCCAAACGGGUUGACCUCUAUGCUGAGUGUGGGGAGUGGCGCCUUGCAGGGAAAGAGUGCAAGGAGCGGGGAGAUAAGGCUAAAUUGGAGUACGUCACGGUUUGGCUGUAA